AGAUGUAGCAGGAGGGGGCGUGUUGGGGACCCCUAGCUACACCGGGGUCCAGAUGUAGCAGGAGGGGCGUGUUGGGGACCCCUUGCUGAAGGAUGCUAAGAGCACAAAGAACCGGCAAUUCAUUAUAAAGAUGAAAAUGCACACACACACACACACACACACACACACAGAGACACACACACAAACACACACACUCCGGGUCCUGGAUUGUUUCAAGUCACAGCGCGUGAGGGAACAGGGGUCCGGGUGGGGUCAUGUUAGACGUACGGCACAGAAGACGAGCUGCCCUGUGAUGUGAAUGCGCCAAUGAGGCUCUUCGGUGUGGCCCAUACACACCAUUAUGCGUAGACUAGGAAUCAGGGGUGUCGGUGGGUCUCAUAGGAACUGUGAGGGCUUUCUAAAGGGAAAACGGUGCGGGUGAUCGCCAGUGUUGCCAGAUUGGGCCAGAUUUCCCUGCCCAAUCUGGCAACACCGGUAACUGCUCUGUUGGAUCAGGGACGGGCGUCCUGCUGCUAAACCCCACUGUGGAUCUCGUUGGCACAAACUCUUCAAAAGGGAUUCUCUCAAGCAGGGAUUAAAUAUAUUUACCAGCCAUAUUGAUUGCUUUCUUCUCUUACACCUAAGAUCAAUUCUCAAGUGUCAUGUAAACCAGGUUGUUUCGUUUGGAAAGGUGGUUUAAAGUAGUGUUUGAGUUUUGUUGAGGUGGAGGGCCACAACAGAGACAUUGAAGCAUGUGUUUCGGCACAGUGCUCAGUAGUUUUGUUGUGGUGCUCAGGUCCAAAUCAGGGAUGUGACAGAUUAGAGAUUAAAAUAUAUUUACUCACUCCUUCACUGGAGCUCAUUGGGUUCAUUUAUUUAUCAUAGAGGUGAAGACAGCUUUUUAUUGUAUGAAAGGUUCCUAGGAACUAUAGCUAAUUAUUGUAAUUCGGAAAGUAUUGUUUGUUCAAAGAAAUUGCUGAAAUUGUCUUGUCGGCCGAGAUCACAUUUAAAUGUAUUUUUUUUUUCUUACAAAUCCAAAUAUGAUUGUUGUGCUAUCAUUUUCUUUUAUUGUGCUCUCGGGGAUUUGGCAGUUUUUAUAAAUAUUAAAAACUGUAUUCAUGUGUGUUGUGUGCUAUGUUGUGUGUUCUUCUCCAUACCCUUUCGAAUUCAUCAGAAAUCUGAUCAACAACUCAGUUUACAAACCUGAUAUAGACCUAGUUUGAUAACAUGCACAAUGUGAUUUUAACUGUAUUUCAAAAGCAAACCAGCGUUACCCCGCAUUAGGGUCUAAAAAUAUUCUUUCACAGACAAGGUGCAUUUUAUCUAUAGCGUGGCUUUAAUGCCUGUAUUAUAAUUCUAUAUAAUUAGGCUUUAUUAUAUGAUAUCAUUUAUAGCACAUGAUCCUUUAUACAUUAAAUACUAUAAUAAUGCUUGAUUGAUUCAGUUUCUUUCAUAGUGGAUUUACACUCAAAUCAUCUUUGUCUUUAUAUUAUGUGUUGUACACAACAUUGUAGAAAUAAAGAAAAACAACAGAGGGAGAACAACAACGGAGAAGCUGACCAUUGGUUGGGUAGAAUUUUUUUGUUUAUUAAGCAGACACAAAAAAACGUCUAUGGAAAGAAUUACAAUGUAAAACCUAAUGGAAUGCACAAAGCAACACUAUUUUUGAAACUAUUCCAAAACAUUGUAUUUACCUCAAAAUAUUUAUGAUAUAUUUAUUUUCCAAUAAUCUAUGUAAACAAUUGCCCUGUUGAUACCUGAAAUGUUAUUUUUGAAUAGGAAUGUUGCAUUACAGAUAUCUGCAAUAGAUGUCCAGUCUAGCUCUACGUGUCAUCCUGGACAUGUCUUCCACCCACUCCAUGGUGUGUCCCCGGUCUACAUUCAAUUAAAGUGUAAUGUAUUAUGUAUUAUUGCACAAUAUUUGUGCAAUAAUUCAAUAAUACAACUCUGCAAUACUGUGUGCUAUGAUUCAACUCUACAAUACGCUAUUCCUUCAUUUUAAAACAGUCUAAGCCCAUUUCUCAACAUCAAUAUUUCUUUGUUGUAGGAUUGUUAUAUUGUUGUUUUAUAUUGUAGCCUAUAUAAUACAAAGUCGAGUGCAUAUUUGUAUAACCUUCUUAUUUCUUAUUUAGUAUUUUCUUAUUAUUUUUCUAUUCUUAUAUUUAGAUUAUAGGGAGGUGGCAACUCUAACGUGAAUCAGGUACGCACCAAUAAAAUAUUUCUGAUUGUGCUUCUGAUUGGUUUGAUGUAAUUCCUGGUCAUCCUGCGGGGGGCAGUGUCACAUGUCGACGCUUUUAACCACUGGCCACCCCGGCAAGAAGAAGACCAAGAAAUGGUACAGACCAGACUUUAGAAAGCUUUAGCGGGAACCCCUCCUCAGCUCAGUGGUACGGUCCAGGCGACCAGAAGCCAUACAGUGUUGUUGUUGUUCAUUUUAAAUGCAUUUCACUAUUAUGGAGGAAAUGCUGGUCUGAAAGCUUGAGGCGGCGCCGUUCAUAAUAACGAUGGGACCCAAGAAGCAGGGACCCAGGAUGGCUGAAGCUCCUCUCCACCCGGCCAAGAAACGUUUGGAGCCUGAGAGCCUGGACGAGUCCAGCAUAGAGCGGGCCAGCAUCCUGGAUAGAUUACCACACGGCACUUCUGAUUACCCUCUCCACAGCACGGCUCUGGAGGAAGACCUCAGACUCCCGGAGGACGAGGAGGAGGAGGAGGUGUCCCCACCCGCUGAGAAGGUGGAAAAGAAAGUGGGAGGAAGAGCAGGAGGUCCUGGGAAGGCUGCGCCGUCCGCGGGGGCCAAGCAGAGGCCAGCGGCGUCCCCCAGGAGUCAGGAAGGCCCCAGGAGGGGGAGGAAGAGGAAGAGUGUUGGGGAGGAAGAGGCGGCUGGGAGAGGGGGGAAGCCCGCCCGAAAGAAGGCAGGAGGGAUCACGGAGGAGGAGAGGAGAAGGAAAGGCCCAGGCUUAGGGAGGGUGCCUGGUCCUCGCCCCGCCAGAGGGAGCCGGCCACCACCCCGAGCCCCAGCUCCCCGGGAGGCCUCACCUAGGGUCACAGCCCCAGAUAGACAGACGACUGCCAAGAGGGUUAGCCGGCAGCUGCAGCUGACGUUUGUAGCCAGACCAGGGAAGGAAGCGGGGGCAGAGGAGGAGGAGGAGAGGAAGAAAGGGGGGAAAUCAGUAAACAGAAAGUCCAGCAGCUCAGAGACACCGUCCCCUGGUCCCAAGAGGGCCCGCACCAGGAAGUCCUCCUCCGGCCAGUCAGCUGACCGCCAGCGGCACUUAGCCAGGACAUCCUCCUCUCCAGAUAGCGGCACUGAGCCCACGGUCUCACAGACGGACGGGGCAGGAGAGAGGUCCCGGGGUCCUGCAGGGGCCGACGGGUCCGUGGUGCUGCAAAGCUUCCUGUCCCUUUGCCAAACAUACAAGGAGUCUGUGGAGUCGACGGCCGUGCGACGCGCCAUCGACUCGUUCUCCUCUUCCCUGGAGGGGCGCCUCACUGAGCGGACCACCGCCUCCAAGGAGCUGCGGGUUCUGAAGAGGGACAACGCCAAGGUGAACUCAAAGAUCAAAGCAAAGACACAGAAACUGCUGGAUGCCAAGUAUGAGCGGUUCAGGGCGGAGCAGCAGCUGGGCUCGCUGAGGAAGGAAAAGGUGGAGCUGAGGCAGCGACUGGCCCACGUCCGGAGAGGCUUCUCCUUCCUGCAGGGCCUCGGAGACCUGACCACACGAUAUCUGGCCCACAGACGGGCACACCCCUCGGAGAAAGAGCAGUUUGGUUCGUCCAGUCUGCCUGCCCUGCUGGUAGAGACCAAGAGCCUCCUGAGAGCAGAGGACCACCUCCGAGACGACAACAACAAGCGGCUGGAGGCCGGGAUGAGAGAAUGAUGCAAUGAGGACGUCUGGGAACACCUGGCCGUGUUCAACGAAUGAAUCUAAUCCGAUCGUAUCUGGACGUCACUUAAGUGAUGUGAAAACACACUAACAAUGUAUUAGUCUGCUAAAUGUCUUUUCUUGUAUGCAUGUCUUGAUCCUACUCUUGAACAGGAAAGCAAUUAAUCAUACCAUUCAUGUUGACGAAUUAAAGAAAAUGUAUGUGAAAUACCUGUGUGUGUGUGUGUGUGUGUGUGUGUGUGUGUGUUACAGAAUGAUUCAGAUUAAUCGCCCCCAUCUGCACCAUGUUAUUACAAGAUAUCAUUAACAACACUCAUUUAUUUAUUAAUUAUUCACGGGUCUGCCACACCGACUGACAAACGAUUCCGCUGUAGUCCAGACGUGGAGCAGUGGUUGACAGCCCAGGCUCAUCUCUUAGAGACUCAGGCUGUGAUUCCUCUCAGACACCGUUUGACACCAAGCCAUGUACAUGUCGCAAACAGGCUUCAAGCUUGUUUAAAAAAUUAAUUUUAAAGCGGGGUGAGUUGAAGAAAGUGAACAGGUUCCUCAUCGCGAAGGCAAACGUGGUCCUGUCGGAGUGGUUCAGGUAGAAGGACCGGGUCCUUUCAAAGAUGUACAGCGUGUAGCUGAUGUUCCUUGUUAAAUUAAUGUGAGUGCAUUAUUGUCUUUCCACUUAAAAAGACUGUGUUGCUGGGAGACGCAGCAUGUUUGAUGUGUCUAGUUUAUUCUGUGUCUGUUGGGGUUUCGUCUUGUAUACUUGUGUACCGGGAUGGUGGACUGACGCUAACUUGAAGCCCAUCCCGGGUCCACAUGUUGGUGUCGUGGACCUGGGUGGUGGGUGAGGGUUCCUAGAGGACGACAGUCGUCUCCAGGUCGCUGGGUGCUCUCAGGUGGCUCAUGAAUAUUAGGGUGAGGGUUAGCUUCCAAUUGAACACAUAUAUGAACGUAUAAGUAAUCAAAUGGUAGCCUAUAUGUAACAUAGACAUAGUAGUGCUGGCA